AUGGCUGACUCUCACAUCCGUCUGGUCAAGAGCCUCACGACGGCCGUAGACACUUUCCAGGCCAUAUGCACGAAGUACAAAUGUGCAGCAUUCCGUGGUGACCCCUACUUCAUCCAGCAUUUCCUCAUGGGGAUCAAGUACCAAGAUGGCAAUGAUCUUACUAGCUUCUUUUUCGAACUAGGAAACUCGACGAAGAGCCACAUCUGA